GCGGCGAGGAGGCACACGGGGACGCGGCCAGGGCCCUGCCCAAUGCCCCUCGCUUCUCAUCACCUUGGGUGUUGCUUCCGUCAGCCUCCGGAGCGGAGCGAUGAGGGGAUGGUCUGAAACCCCCUGUGCCAUCUGCCCCAGCCGGAGAUGGACAUCCUACAGCCAGGACAUCCUAUAACCAGGACAUCCUACAGCUGGGAUAUCCUAUUACCGGGACAUCCUACAGCCAGAGCAUCGUAUAUAUGGGACGCCCAGUAGCCGAGGUGCUCCAUACCUGCAGCACCCCAUAGCUAGGGCAUCCUAUAGCCGGGACACCCUACAGCCAGGGACACCUCAUCCCUGGGCCACCCUAUAGCUGGGGCACCCUAUAGCUGGGGCACCCUAUAGCUGGGGCACCUUAUAUCCAAGGCAUUCUAUAGCCAGGAUGCCUGGUAGCCAGGGCACCCUACAGCCAGGACGCCCUACAGCCAGGGCACCCUAUAGCCAGGGCACCCUAUAGCCAGGAUGACUGAUAGCCAGGGCACCCUAUAGCCAGGGCACCCUAUAGCCAGGGCAUCCUAUAGCCAGGGCACCCUAUAGCCAGGGCACCCUAUAGCCAGGGCAUCCUAUAGCCAGGGCAUCCUAUAGCCAGGGCACCCUAUAGCCAGGAUGCCUGACAGCCAAGACGCCCUAUAGCCAGGAUGACUGAUAGCCAAGGCAUUCUAUAGCCAGAAUACCGUAUAGCCAGGGCACCCUAUACCUGGUUCACCCUAUAACUGGAACACCCCAUACCUGGAUCACCCUGUAGCCAGGAAGCCUUACACCUGGGACACCCUAUAGCUGGGGUGCCCUUAUACCCAAAUCACCCUAUAUCUGGGCCAUCCUAUAUCCGGGUCGCCCCAUACCUGGGGUGCCCCAUACCCAGGUCACCCUACACCCAGGACACCCCAUACCCGGGUCACCCCAUACCCGGGUCGCCCUAUAGCAGGGUCACCCUAUAACAGGGUCACCCUAAACCCAUGUCCCCCUAUACCCGGUCCCCCUACACCCAGGGCGCCCGCAGCACCGCCCCGGCGCGCCUGACGUCACCGGCCCCGCCCCCCGCAUGCAAAUCACCCCUCCCUGUCAGCCAAUGGGAGCGCAGAGGGGCGUGGCCAGCGCAGGACUUGCCCGGGCAUGUGAGCGCGGCGCCUUCCGGGCCGGACACGUGGGGAGGCGGCAUGCCUCCGGGCAAGGGGCAGAUGGUGCCGCUGCCGCCCCCCAGAGCCCCCCCACCCGCCCCCAAGGGUGCCCAGGGCCCCCCCGGCAGCAAGAAGCGGAGCCGCAGGCACCAGCGCUACCUGGAGCGCCGGGCCCUGCUGGAGCACAGGGGGCUGCUGAGACCCCCCCGGGGGCUCCCCGAGACCUCCCCAAGCUGCGGGAAGGUGCCCAAGACCCCAAAUGGCACCGCCAAGACCUUAAAUGGCCUCACCAAGACCCUAAAUGGCACCACCAGGUCCCUAAAUGGCCCCGCCAAGACCCCAAAUGGCACUGCCACGUCCCCAAAUGGCACCGCCGAGGACGCCACCGGCACCGACACCCCCACGGGGGUGCCCCCCCUGCGCCCCACCAAAUACGUGGCCAUCGACUGCGAGAUGGUGGGCACGGGCCCGCGGGGGCGGCAGAGCGAGCUGGCGCGCUGCAGCGUGGUGGGCUACCACGGGGACGUCAUCUACGACAAGUACGUGCGGCCCCAGCUGCCCGUCGUCGACUACCGCACGCGCUGGAGCGGCGUCACCAAGGGGCACCUGAGGAACGCCAUCCCCUUCAGGGCCGCCCAGGCCGAGAUCCUGAAGAUCUUGAAAGACAAGAUCGUGGUGGGACACGCCAUCCACAAUGACUUCCAGGCCCUCAAGUAUUUCCACCCCAAAGAAAGGACCCGAGACACCAGCCGGAUCCCGCUGCUGAACCAGAAGGCAGGGCUGCCCCUCAAGGCCAGCGCCUCACUCAAGAGCCUGGCCAAGCACCUGCUGCACAAGAAGAUCCAGGUGGGCUGCAGGGGCCACUCGUCGGUGGAGGAUGCCCAGACGGCCAUGGAGCUGUACCGCCUGGUGGAGGUGCAGUGGGAGACGGAGCUGGCCCGCAGCCAGCCCGCCCGGCCCCCCAGCCCCCCCACGGACCCCAGUACGGACAGCAACCAGUACCUGGACGACCAGUACUGGCCCACGGACCUGCCUGCGGGCAGCCCGUAACGGGGCCAGCGUCUCAUCCGCCUGCUUUGGGACUUGGCGCCCUCAGCUCGUGGGCACGGAGGCAGCCGCUCACCCCCUUCCCCGGGGGGGGAAAUCUCCCCCCAAAAACGGGAUCCGUGGCGCUCGGUGCCUGGGGACCAGCCGGGAGGGGCACCCGUGGGUGCGUGGCUGUGGAGCGGGGCUGGCGGGGUGCCUCUGGUGCUCUCCGAGGGGAUGUCCUGCAAGGAGGGUGGUGGUGUGUCCUGCUGCUGGUCGGAGGAUGGAGGUUUGGAGGCUCUCCGCACCGUGGUGAGGGUCUCAGCCCCGGGACAGCAGCUGGAAGCUGCUCUGCGGCCUCCUGGCCAUCCAGGGCUGGGGGCAGGAGCAGUUUCCUCCCUGUUUUCUUUGCACAGCAAAUCCUGGCAAGAGAGUCCAGGUCCAAUCUGUGUCCCUAAACCCUGUUGGAAACAGCUUAGGAUGCACUUUGUAUUUGUCAACUUCUGAAUUAAAAAUCAUUAUUGCAAAAACCUG